GGCGUCAUCUUCCCCUACCACCCGCGCCUGGGCCGCUACACCCUGAACUUCCACGAGGCGCAGCAGGCGUGCCUGGAGCAGGACGGGAUCCUGGCGUCCCACGACCAGCUGCACCAGGCCUGGCUGGAGGGCAUGGACUGGUGCAACGCGGGCUGGCUGGAGGACGGCUCGGUGCAGUACCCCAUCUCCCGGCCGCGGGAGGAGUGCGGCCGCAAGGACACGCCCGUGGGCGUGCGCAAUUACGGCUACCGGCACAAGGAGAGCGAGCACUACGACGCCUUCUGCUUCACCUCCAACCUCAACGGCAAAGUUUACUUCCUGAAGACGUUCCGCAAGCUGAGCUACUCGGAGGCGGUGCAGGCGUGCAAGAACAACGGCGCGGCCGUGGCCAAGGUGGGGCAGCUCUACGCCGCCUGGAAGAUCCAGCUGCUGGACCGCUGCGAGGCGGGCUGGCUGGAGGACGGCAGCAUCCGCUACCCCAUCGUCAACCCCCGCGCCCGCUGCGGCGGCCGCGAGCCCGGCGUGCGCAACCUGGGCUUCCCCGACAAGAAGUACAAGCUCUUCGGCGUCUACUGCUUCAAGAAGGCCGGCGGAGACUCGCCCCAGGAGAAGGGGAAGGCGAAGGAGGUGGCGGGCGGGGGGCACCCCAACCGCGUGUGA